UCCUGCAGGUCGUGAUGAGGACAACAAGCAACCAGCCAUAACAAGACAAGAACAGCCACUACCAUUAUCACGGGGAAACCUGCGGGUUAAUUUGGUGUCUACAAACGAACAGGAUGUCUAAUAACAUGGCCAAAAUUGCAGAUGCGCGAAAAACGGUGGAGCAGUUAAAGCUGGAGGUUAAUAUUGAUCGGAUGAUGGUCUCUAAAGCAGCAGCUGAACUGAUGGCUUACUGUGAAUCUCAUGCUAAGGAAGAUCCGCUGGUGACCCCCGUCCCAUCCUCAGAAAACCCCUUCAGAGAGAAAAAGAUAUUCUGCACAGUUUUGUAAUUGUUAUUUAUAAACCACAAGGUUCAUUGUAUUAUUUUCUAGGAUAUUCCUGAGACAUUAAGCCAAAUUUAAUUCACUUAAUAACCCACUGGUGCUGUU